AAUUUCUUCCCGCACUGAACCGGCCCGAGUUGGCGGUCUCUCGGCUCUAUCGCGAGAAACCUCCCAAAAACCCUAAUCGAGAAAACUCAGCGCUCGCUUCCAUGGCGAAAUUGAAGAUCCGCGAUAAGAAAGUGAAGAUUGCCAUCACGAAAGAUAAGAAAAAGAAGGAUAAGGCAGACCCAGAAGCCGUACCUGAGCUACCAGCUGAAUAUUCUUCUCCCACUCGUGACGAAGAACACUCCGAUUCGCGUGAUGUUUCCCAAUCUUCGGAUUCUGAACUUUCAUGUGAGAUUAAUGAGGUUGAAGGCAAUGAUUUGCAUCAUCCAGCCGAAGAGAGUGAUUCCUCUGAGGAUGAGGUGGCUCCUAGAAAUACUAUCGGUGAUGUCCCAUUGGAAUGGUAUAAGGAUGAGGAGCAUAUUGGGUAUGACAUAGCUGGGAGGAAGAUCAAGAAGCAUGCCCGGAAGGACAAGAUCGAAUCUUUCCUAGCUGGUGUAGAUGACUCGAAAAAUUGGAGGAAAAUUUAUGAUGAAUACAAUGAUGAAGAAGUAGAAUUGACAAAGAAGGAGAUGAAGCUUAUCAAACGCUUGUUGCAGGGUAGCACCCCUCAUACUGAAGUGGAUCCCUAUGCGCCAUACGUUGAUUGGUUUGACUGGGAGGACAAAGGACAUCCACUCUCUAAUGCACCCGAACCAAAGAGGCGUUUUAUUCCUUCCAAGUGGGAACACAAAAAGGUUGUUAAAUAUAUUAGAGCAAUUCGUAAAGGUUGGAUCAAGUUUGAAAAACCAGAGGAGGAGCCCCGCCAUUAUUUGUUGUGGGGAGAUGAUUCUACUUCUGCUGAAAGUAAGAGGCAAGGUUUGAAAUAUAUUCCUGCACCCAAACCCAAGCUCGCAGGCCAUGAGGAAUCAUAUAAUCCAUCAUUAGAGUACAUCCCUACUCAAGAGGAGAUAAACUCGUACCAACUGAUGUAUGAGGAAGAUCGUCCCAAGUUUAUUCCUAAGAGAUACGAGUCUCUUAGGAAUGUGCCUGCUUAUGAGAAUGCUCUUAAAGAAGGAUUUGAUCGUUGCUUAGAUUUAUACUUGUGCCCUAGAACAAGAAAGAAACGAAUUAAUAUUGAUCCUGAAUCUUUGAAACCAAAGCUACCAAGCAGGAAAGAUCUGAAGCCUUAUCCAUCGAAAUGCUAUCUUGAAUAUUUAGGUCACAGUGGUCCUGUAAAAUCAGUUUCAGUUGAAAUAUCAGGGCAGUGGUUAGCAUCUGGUUCGACCGAUGGAACCAUACGGCUUUGGGAGGUUGAAACCGGUCGCUGCCUUAAAGUUUGGGAAGUUGGCCAACCUGUAAAUCAUGUUGCAUGGAAUCCUUUGCCUCAGCUUCCUAUUUUGGCAGCAUCGGCGGGGCAUGAUGUGCUUCUUUUGGACACAGGGCUUGGAGAUGCUGAAGAGCAGCAUAGAAUUACUGAACUUCUCCAUGUGGAGGAAUCGGCAUCAACGGAUGAUAGAGAUCUUGUGAGCUGGGCCAGAGAAGAAAUGUACGGUGGCAUCCGUCUUAAGCAUACUAAGGCAGUAGCCAAUGUUGAGUGGCAUCGAAAAGGAGACUAUUUCACGACGGUCAUGCCAAAAGGUGAUACAAAAGCUGUAUUGUUGCACCAACUUUCUAAAAAGCAAACACAUAAUCCUUUCAAGAAGCUGCGGGGACUUGCAGUUUCAGCUGUUUUCCAUCCUACAAGAUCGAUUUUCUUUAUCUCCACAAAGAAUCAUAUCCGUAUUUAUGAUCUUCUGAAAUCAAAGCUAAUUAAUAAGCUUGAGACCGGAUUGCAGGAAGUAUCAUCUGUUGCAGUUCAUCCUGGCGGUGAUAAUCUCAUUGUUGGAAGCAAGGAGGGAAAGAUGUGUUGGUUUGACAUGGAUCUCUCCUCUCGACCCUACAAAAUCUUGAAAACGCACCCAAAGGAUAUAACAAAUGUUGCCUUUCAUCGUUCAUACCCUCUGUUUGCCUCGAGUUCUGAAGAUUGCACAGCAUAUGUGUUUCAUGGAAUGGUUUAUUCAGAUCUUAACCAGAAUCCUCUUAUUGUCCCUUUGGAAAUUCUCCGUGGUCAUGCUAGCUCAAAAUAUGGAGGAGUAUUGGAUUGCAAAUUUCACCCAAGGCAACCCUGGUUGUUUACUGCCGGUGCUGAUUCAGUAAUUAAGCUUUACUGCCACUAAGAUAUUUUCUACUUCCAGCAUAAUUACAGAAUGGAGUGAAAAAGUCAUCUUCACAAUGAAAUUGAAGAAAAUGCUUCAGUGUAAUGGUAAAGAGGAACGCAAAUUCGCUUUAUAUUGUCAUCUUGCUUAGACUUUGUUUGGGACGGGUUUCUUACUGUUUUUUAAAGCCAUUUUCUAGUUCCAAAACUGGCAGUUUAAUAAAGUUUUGAACUAAAAAGCUCUUUUAGAAAUCAUUUAGAAAGCCGUCCCAAACAAAACCUUACUUUACAGGUGUUUCGAGUGUGACCUGGAAAGAAGACAUAACCAGGAAGAUGAGUAAAGCAUUUUGGUUUAAUGGCAGAUUGGAUUUGCUAUAUGCAGCUAAAUUAUCCAAAUUUGAGGUAUGUAAUAUCAUGAAGAGGGUAUUUAAAGAAAUAUUUCACAAUGCAUGAGCUUUGUUUGAUUCAUGAAUUGAACAAAUUUUGUUAGGGUUAAUAAAUGUAAUCGGCAGAUUAGGGUUAGAUUAACAAGCUGCGAGUUAUUGUAAUUCAUAGGUAAUUCAUAGGUUUAUGAAGUCUUGGUAUUUCUAUAAAUUUUUCUCUUUAGGGAACUUUGUGGUGUAAUAAAUAAAUUGAGUUAUGGUUUCUGUCUCUUCUAUUUCUUUU